GACAGGAAACGGGACGCGAGGAACGCGCAGCAAUCUCCGUUCUCCGGGAGAGAGAAUGGGAGAGGAAACCGAAAUGUGUCAGUAGAAGACUUAGAAGGAUUGAAUCGGGCAAAUGAAUAAUUUGCUUUUUUAGUAUAUAUAUAUCGCGCUGUUUAGCACCAGUGACCUGGGAUAUUUACCUUUAACAUUACUCUUAAUAAUUAUCGGCUGUUUUCAUUGCAUAAAAGAAUUGCAGAGCUCUUCGCCGCUGGGCACAAGUUAACUUCAGUUUGGACAUUUUGAACUAAGUGAAAGAGAAAAAACACUAUACCAAAGCAGAUAUGGAGCAGGUAUCAGAUGAUGAGUUGGACCAUGCUGCUGAAGAAGACAGCGAUAAGGAGGACCAGGAUCUGGACAAGAUGUUUGGUGCCUGGUUGGGAGAACUGGACAAACUCACACAGAGUUUGGAUGAUGGGCGUCCUGAGAAAGUGCAGAAAGCUCCUCUCAGACAGGAAACAAACCUUGCCAAUUUCUCCUACCGUUUCUCUAUGUACAACAUCAACGAAGCCAUUAACCAAGGCGAGACAGUGGACCUGGAUGCCCUCAUGGCCGACCUGUGUUCAAUAGAACAAGAGCUCAGCACUAUCGGCAAACCCAUGAGCAAGCCCUCAGAUGGCAAAUCUAGACAAAGAGCCACAGGCCGCUCGGCCAGCACCAAACACACCGGAGGGGGCAGCAGCGGAGGAAGCACCAGCAGCAGCACCAGAGCUUCUCCGGCCUCCACCGUACGCGGUGGCAGCAGUCAGUCACGGCCCCUGGCCUCCAACUUCUCCCUGGAUGACAUCACUGCUCAGCUAGAAAAGGCAUCCCUGAGCAUGGACGAGGCGGCGAGGCAGACUUCUGAAUCAUCCUCAUCAUCUUCCUCCUCAUAUUCAUCUGCAACUCUCUCUCACCCGCCUUCUAACGCACAUCAUCGCCGCACAGGAUCGGUUGGGACGGUCAGUGACCAGGAAGUGCGCUCCAUCGGUCAUUCGUCCAGGUCAAGCGUCAACUCUGCCUCGGCAUCCAGCAUGGAUUCACUGGACAUUCGAGGGCAGGAGAAUGAGGCGCAGUCACAGAAUCAGAGCCAAAGCCAGACUAGCACAGAGCACUCGUAUCUGGACAGGGAGACCUCUCUGAUUCUGAAAAACAUUGCAGGAAAACCCUCUCACCUGCUGACCAAGGAGGAACAGGCUGCCAAAGCGAAGGCUGAGAAAAUCCGUGUGGCGCUAGAGAAAAUUAAAGAAGCCCAGGUUAAAAAGCUGGUGAUACGUGUUCAUAUGUCAGAUGAGAGCUCAAAGACCAUGAUGGUGGAUGAGAGGCAGACGGUCAGGCAGGUGCUGGACAGUCUGCUGGAUAAAUCUCACUGCGGUUACAGUCCGGACUGGGCCCUGGUUGAGACCAUCCCUGAGCUACAGAUGGAGAGAAUUUUUGAAGACCAUGAGAACCUGGUGGAGAACUUGCUCAACUGGACCAGAGACAGUCAAAACAAACUUAUGUUCAUUGAACGGAUUGAAAAGUAUGCACUUUUCAAAAAUCCACAGAACUAUUUACUUGGGAGGAAGGAGACCUCUGAGAUGGCAGACAGAAACAAGGAGGCAUUGCUGGAGGAAUGUUUUUGUGGAAGCUCAGUGUCUGUUCCUGAAAUUGAGGGAGUGUUGUGGUUGAAGGAGGAUGGCAAAAAGUCUUGGAAGAAGCGCUACUUUCUGCUGAGGGCAUCUGGCAUCUAUUUUGUGCCGAAGGGCAAAGCCAAGGCUUCAAGGGAUUUGGUGUGCUUCCUGCAGUUGGACCAUGUUAAUGUUUAUUAUGGUCAGGACUACCGGAGCAAGUACAAGGCCCCCACUGACUACUGCCUGGCCCUUAAGCACCCUCAGAUACAGAAGAAGUCACAGUAUAUCAAAUACCUGUGCUGUGAUGAUGUCAGAACUCUACACCAGUGGGUUAAUGGCAUUCGUAUUGCUAAGCAUGGGAAGCAAUUGUAUGUGAACUACCAGGAAGCCAUGAAGCGCACAGAAGCUGCCUAUGACUGGUCCUCUCUCUCCAGUACCAGCAUCAGGUCGGGAACAAGCUCAGUCAGUAUACCUGAAUCACAGUCAAACCACUCUAGCCAAGCAGACAGUGGUAUGUCAGAUGGUACUUCGUGCUCCCAUGCCCGUUCCCAGAGUGUAGUCAGUUCAAUCUUCUCUGAGGCCUGGAAGAGAGGGACGCAAAUAGAAGAGAGCACAAAGGCAAGGCCAGAAUCAGUGCGUUCUACCCAUUCAAGCCAUAGCAGCCAUUCUUCUCAUCAUGUGCCUCAACAGCAGCAUUCACACCCACAGCAACAGCCACAUCCAUAUUCAAUUCCACAGUCACAUGGAAGUGUCACCCAGUCACUGACACAGGCACAGAUACAGGCACAAGUACCACCCCAGGCAACUCCAGCCCCACCACCACCUCCUCCACCCCCUCCUCCUCCUAUUUCCAAUAUCCCCCACCAUGCCACACCUACAAUGUUCGCCAAAUACAGCACUAUCACUCGGCUGCAGAAUGCCACUCAGGCCACAAUUCACCACAAGCCUCAGCCUCAAGUCCAGCAGCAAGUGCCACCUGUCCCACUGGCCUCCAAAUCACAAUCAAACAAUAUUCCACCAGGGGCUACCAUCCCACCCCCUCCUCCUCCACCUCCACCUGCCACAAUGCCUCCACCUGGAUCAGCCAUGGCUGUUUUGAAACUUGGUCCUCCAGCCCCAGCAACAGUUCUUCAGUCCUCCCCUCCUCCUUCCCCCUCACCUCCACCACCCCCUCCUCCUCCACCUCCACCUGCCUCAAUGCCUCCACCUGGAUCAGCCAUGGCUGUUCUGAAGCUUGGUCCUCCAGCCCCAGCAACAGUUUUACAGUCCUCCCCUCCUCCUCCUCCCCCCUCACCUCCACCACGUCCUCCCAUAAUGCCCAUGCAGUCACAGCCUCUAGCGCCUCCACCUCCCAUACGCCCAAUGCAGUCACAGCCUUUACCACCUCCUCCUCCCAUAAGGCCAAUGCAGUCACAGCCUUUACCACCUCCUCCUCCCAUAAUGCCAAUGCAGUCACAGCCUUUACCACCUCCUCCUCCCAUAAUGCCCUUGCAGUCACAGCCUCUACCACCUCCACCUACCAUAAUGCCCAUGCAGUCACAGCCUGUACCACCUCCACCUCCCAUAAUGCCAAUGCAGUCACAGCCUUUACCACCUCCUCCUCCCAUAAUGCCAAUGCAGUCACAGCCUUUACCACCUCCUCCUCCCAUAAUGCCAAUGCAGUCACAGCCUUUACCACCUCCUCCACCCAUAAUGCCCGUGCAGUCACAGCCUUUACUGCCUCCUCCACCUCCCAUAAUGCCAAUGCAGUCACAGCCUUUACCACCUCCUCCUCCCAUAAUGCCAAUGCAGUCACAGCCUUUACCACCUCCUCCUCCCAUAAUGCCAAUGCAGUCACAGCCUUUACCACCUCCUCCUCCCAUAAUGCCAAUGCAGUCACAGCCUUUACCACCUCCUCCUCCCAUAAUGCCAAUGCAGUCACAGCCUUUACCACCUCCUCCACCCCCUCUUCAGGCUAAUGGCCUUCCCCCUCUUCCACCAUCCUCGACAAUACAGGCACCUUUCAUAACCAAUGGACUCAAGAAGAUCAGGAAGUCCCCUUCUGGCUCAUCUGCGGGUGUCAAGAAACCUCCACCGACACCUCAGUGCAACUCCAGUGCGAAGUACAAUGCCUCGGUGGAGUACCAGGAGUCCCGCAGGAACUUGGGGAGCAAGUUUAACCCUAGUUCAUCGUUGACAUUAAGCUCCAGUAGCUCACCCUCCAAAGAGCUUUCCACAGGUCCUCAGGCACCCCCCAAACCAGGAAAGCUCAAUCUGGCAAAUCUUCCUUUGGCUUUGCAGAACAAAUUUAAUCAGAACCGCCAAUCCACUGCAGACUUCCCAUCCCCUCCACCCCCAGAAAAUGACAUCUUCCCCCCUCCCCCACUGGAGUCUGACCUCCCUCCACCACCGCCCCUUCCAGGUGAUCCAAAUGGUUUGUCUCCGAAGGUGGCUGUGGUCAAUCCUCAGCCCCAGCCUGCUUGGGGCAAGAGUUCACUGAAAAAGACACAACCUCCAGCGUCAAUUCGCUGUAACAACACUAUUAGAGAGCCUCCACCACUCUCACCACCUGCCAUACAAGGGGGCCCUAUUCCCCCUUCUUCUCCUAAAGGCACCACGCAGCCAAACUUCUUGGAGGACCUUAACAAGACACUGAAACGCAAGUCCUCGCGAGUCUCUGGAGACAAAGUGGACCCUGUGGCCACAAUGGAUGACAUGGCUUUGCCACCACCUCCACCUGAGCUUCUGAAUGAUCAACAGAGACACAGUGGUAGUGGCUUCAUGUCCGGGAAUAUCUCAGGCUAUGCAACGCUACGGCGAGGGCCUCCUCCUGCCCCACCCAAGCGGGACCACAGCACCAAACUCACAAACUGAGAAAACUGCAACAUUUCCUGGACACUCUUGCUUGCUAUUUACAUUUCUCAUUGAAGCCAUCAUUUUGUUGGUAUGCUCAGCUUUUUCUGUACAAAACCGCUCAAGAAGUUUCAGCUUUACUGUGACUUUGUGACAGUGCAUCAGUUCCAGUUCCAAACAACUGAGUGAUUCCACUUCAACACCUUGGUACUGCAUGGAAGACAAAACUACAUUAAACUGUUAAUCUUAUUGAUUUUUGGGAAGGCAAACAUUUUGAACUUUGGGGUUGGGUGGGAUUUUACAUUUUGAUUUCAUAUUGUUUUUAUAUUAUCGAUUAUUUAAUAAUCUGAAGAGAUUGUUAUUUCAGACAGAAGUUUUUUAAAUGGUUGGAUGGUUAUUGAUGUUUGAGGAGUUUUAGAUGGGUAGGUUGAAUUAGGCAGUGUGUUUGGCUGGUAUAUUAGUUUGGCACAACUUUGACCAUUUAUGUGGCAGAUCCAGUGCUCAAUGGAUGCAUCUAGAACGGAUCUUGAUCACUAUUGCUCUUUGAGCCACUAAGUGCAUUUUAGUUGUAUUUGUCAAAACUGUAACAUGAAGGACUUGUUGUUCAGGGAGUUGCCCCAAUGUCUAGUUCUGUGAGACUGUGGAAUGUUUGCUUUUUUUUUUUGUAUUAGACCUGUUUAAA